CGCACUACUACGUUUUUUUCCCUCACAUGAAGUCACGAGACCCGAUUUGAACUAACUACAGAGGAAAUACAUUUCAUCGUAAGUUUCGCAUGUUGUAAUGUUUUAUUAGCUCUUAACAGCCUGCGCUUGUGAUAAAAUCUCCAAUGGUCACAUGUGUAAAGCGUUUUUAGUUGUGUGUAAAAGUUCAAAACACCGCAAACUCAUUCAACCAACCGUUACCAAACUAACAGUUGUCCUACGACCUAGCUUAUGCCAAACGCUAGCUGCGUGAGUUUAUCUCAGCUACGUCAGCCAUGACAACUCUGCGUCCUACAGUUGUGUUAGCUCCGUUGAAGUAGCCAAAAAUUUGCCUCCACCACAAACUUAAAGAUUUUAACAGCCUUGCACCGGUUUGUAAUUCAGAUGACCGACUUCUCGUCGCCCCCCGAGGUCCAACGGGACAGCACUGACGACAUUACGAAGCUAAACAAGGAUUUGGAGCGACUGAUAGAAAACGCUGAACACAUAUCAGGUAUGCUAGAUUAUCAUGGUUACAUAUUAAAGUAUUUGGAUAUUCAGAAGUCUUUGGCGUUACCGAUUAUAUUUAUCAACAAGAAGCUGCAUGUAAAUCCUUAUUGUUCUCUCUACCUGCAGUACAGCUAACCUGGAUGUCUUAUGACAUGGUGGCGCUGCGGACCAGUCCAGACUUGGAGUCCUCUAUGCAGAAACUCGCAGAAGCCUUUCUAAGAUGCACGGCUGCUGUACGCGGAGAGAACCAGCCAGAGAGUGGCGAAGUUCCUGAUGCUUCCGGCACAACACUUAAUUAUGAAAUAUAACAGAGUAAUGAGAGCUGUUUAAUUCACGUUUAGAGUGGAACACCACAAUUAAGGGGAGGUUGGUAGAUAGCGUUCACAGAGAAGGCUGAAAUUAUAUAUUGUGUGUGUGUGUUCAAGUUACUUUAGCAAAUGCAAUAACAUUUUUACCUGUGAAAAACAUUUUCUUCUGUCAUUGUGCUAUCCAUUAUUAAUGGACAUAUUUUGCAGCUAAAUCUGCUGCUCUUUGGUAGCUGUUUGCUCGUGUUUUGUUUUGUUUCAGGUUUUGUUUGUUUUGAGUGCAGAGUACUUAAACCAG